GGAUUACGACUUACAUUCAACGCCGAUUUACCCUUGUAAUGAAGCGCACCCAUAACUUCGUUGUGGUUGAAAUUGAUUAAGCAAAUCAUUUCCGUGAAAUAUUAAAGCAUCGUUCAUCUCGCGGUUAUCUUUUUCUGUGAGCUUUUCAAUUGGUAACCUUCACUACGUGCGAGUUCUGAUUAAUAUGUUGGUUCGCCUAUCAUGCAUCUCUAUGCCAACUCGGACCGAAGGCGUUUGGAAAUGGCCUGUAACUGGAGCAUCGUGGCGGGAGUUGUAAAAUGUAAAAAAAAACCCACCUCGUUUUUCUUGUUCAGCCUUGCCUCGAGUUUUAUAUUUACUUUACAUCCUAGAAACUUUACGAAGACUGUUCAAGUUGAUUUGAAAUUCUUCUUGAAAUUCCUAGCUGCUCUUAUUAGCAUUUUGACGCUAUAAUGUCUCAAGUUAGCUGUCAAAAAUGCCCCCCCAUCUCUGUACUUCAGUGGAAGCCAGAGAAUAGCCAUUGGCAUCAGCGCUGGGUCGAUAGCGACGAAUUUCAUAGCGAUGACGGUUGCCAGGCGAUAUACGCAGAAUCUCAGAUUUGUAUAAUUCUUGCGAGUGCCAACGAUAUUCGCGCAUGUAUCUCGUGUCGAAAUUCGUUCACCAAGACAUUCUCUAUUCCUCAGAUAUGGUGGUCGGACUACUGCCGAAACUCGAACGGAUAUCUUGGAAGUGAUAUAAGUAGACAUAAUGGGGUUAUCACGGGGUUCAGUACGUGGGCUUAUUUUGAGGUCAAGCAUUUAGAUGCCAAGAUGCAGUAUCAAUGGCACAAGAUGAACCUUUUCAUAAGAUGGCUAGCCCCUACAAAGCAGACAAUCAUCCUCGCUUUCGAUACGCGGUCUCCUGUCGCAGAGCGCAUACCUGAUUCGCUUCAGAAUCCGGACUCUAGCUGUCUCGGUGAUCCGUUUUGGGUUUACGCCCGGUUAGCCAGCGACGUGGUGGACCUUCAAGACUCUGCCGUCUGGGCUAUUCGUAACCAAGUGAGGGCAAUAGAGACGGAGAGGAAGCCGAAAGGUAAACCGCAGCCGGACUACAGACAUCUCCACGAUGUCGCUCGACACGCUAUUCACGUAACCGAGUCUCUCAAUGUUGCUGCUGAAAGCAUGGGAGGCAUUCUAGCACAGCACGAUGAAUUCUUGAGCCAGAACUUCCCAACCCAGAUGAUACAGAUCGACGCCUCGGAAACUAUCCAUCGCCAGCUACUUUUCUGCAGACAUAUGCUUAACAACCUCCGCCACCGGUCUAUCUCCAACCGCGAAAGAUUACAGAACGAGAUUCAACUUGCAUUUAAUACUGUUGCCCAGUACGAUGCAGGGAUUUCCGUCCAGAUUGGACGUGCUGCGCAGUCAGAUGGCGCAUCGAUGAGGAAGGUUGCUUUCGUCACCAUGAUGUUUUUGCCAGCUACUUUCCUCUCCGCUGUUUUCAGCAUGUCGUUCUUUGACUUCCAAGCCGACUCCGACUCUUGGAACGUAUCAAGCAAGUUCUGGAUUUACUGGGUAUUCGCAAUUCCGAUUACCAUUGCUAGCAGUCUCUUGUGGUAUUUCUGGCAUAGAGUCUUCCCCCUUACGCUUAUGGAGCAUUAGCUACCGACUCUCGCACAUUAAUAAUUAUAAGAAAAUAAAGUUUUUAAACCACUUGGUAAAGCUGGC